AUGGUGUCCAUAACUUUCACCUUUCUUUUAGAAUCCAUUCACACAUUGGCACCAAAGAAGGCGCCAUCGGAACGUUUAGUUCCCAUCGGAUCGACGACUGCAUUGGAAUGUGAACCUUACACAUCAGCAAACGCCACGUGGUAUCGUGACAAACAUGUCAUUGCAGUCGUUGAAGGACAUAAAAAUGCAAUUUUGAAUGGAAGAGUUCCACGUGGAGGAGAAGAAAGAAUUCCUGACAUUGGGUUUCUGGUGAUUUACGAUGUACAGAAAGAGGACGAAGGAAUAUAUUAUUGUCAAAGAGAGAAUGAUACGAAAUGGGGAGAAGUAUUCCAAUUGAAAGUUGCUUUUGUGGAUGAAGUUUCUGAAAAUGAGAAGAUCAAAGUGGAACCGAUAGUGCCGAUUCUUGGGAGGCCUCUGGUACUGAAAUGUCCUGUUCCAAACGCCUAUCCUCCACCGAAAAUCACUUGGACUGUGAACUCACUUCCCAUCUCACAUAUUUCAUCAGAUUACUUCUCUUUUCCAAAUGGAACACUUAUCAUUUCCCAUUUCUCUUACCAUCAUUUUGGAUAUUUCGAGUGCAAUAUCAACAAUUUCGCUGGUCAUUCUUCUGUAAAUGCAUUCAUAGAUUCGAGAGAUCUUGUUGCAACUUUUGAAUCCCUCAAACCAACAUUUAUAAACGGCUGCUCAGCCGCUCUUCGAAGUUCUCUUUUCAUGUUUCUUCUCGGAUGCCUCGUCACUUCUGGAGCAGUUUUAAUCUACCUUAUCUGUGCAGUCUGUCUUCUAAAACCAGGUCGUCCUCGUCGAGUUCUUCGUCCUACAUUCUGGUCAAGAACAGAUCCUCGCUUAGCACCUGGAUUCAGAAAAGCAGUUGUACCUCUACCGGAUUGUUUUGUGAAUGCAAGAAUGUUACCUCCGCCAGCUCAAAAUCUACCAAAUGCUUAG